AUGAUUCUGUCAAACCCCAGAACUGCCGGGAUAGACCGCAUAGUGAAGCUGUGCCGUGUGCUCUCCGGGCCCAAGUACGAUGGCAAGUACAUCCGGUCCUUGACGGAGGGGCUUUUGGGUAAAACAACUCUUUCUCAGACCUUAACAAACGUCAUCAUCCCAACCUUUGAUGUUAAGCUUCUCCAGCCCACCAUUUUCACAACCAAGGAGGCAAAGACAAACGCUUUAAAAAAUUCUCGAUUAUCAGACAUCUGCAUCAGCACCUCUGCAGCUCCAACAUAUCUCCCGGCUCAUCACUUUGAGACAAACGAUUCCAAGGGUAACACCCGGAGCUUCAACCUCAUUGAUGGAGGGGUUGCUGCAAAUAACCCUACGCUACUAGCUCUCACCCACAUAUCGAAAGACAUAUUGAUAAAUGACCCAGAUUUCCUCCACAUAAAGCCCAUGGAUGCGUCUAAGUUCCUAGUCUUGUCCCUUGGCACUGGCGCGGCCAACCAUGAAGAGAAAUACUCUGCAGAAAUAGCUUCCAACUGGGGAUUGCUGGAAUGGACAUACAAUGAUGGAGCCACGCCCUUGAUUGAUGCCUUCAUGCAUUCAAGCUCAGAUGUAGUAGACAUCCACGCUUCUACUCUCUUUCAAGUCCUCCAUGCCCAGAAGAACUACCUCCGGAUUCAGGACGACACAUUGACAGGUGCGGCAUCAUCAGUUGAUAUAGCAACGGAGGAGAACCUGCAAAAUCUAGUGAGGAUUGGGAAGGAGUUGCUAAAGAAGCCCAUGUCCAUGGUGAACUUGGAGACUGGAAAGUUCGAACAGCUUCAUGGAGAAGGCACCAAUGAAGAAGCCUUGAUCCGAUUUGCGAGGCUACUCUCUCAGCAACGUAGGCUUAAGCAGGUCGAGGCUGAGUCAUAA